AAAAACAAAACCCUAACGCUGAAUGUGACUGUGAGUCACGCAAAACCCCAACCGGCUCUUUCUUCGUCCCCAAGCUGCACCAAUGGCGGACAAGAACCCUAAGCCUAGCUCUGUGAUAACGCUCGGAGGCAAGGGCUCUUCUCUCUCCGCCGUCUCCGUUUUCGCGGUCGCCAACGGCCUCGCUCAGGUACGAAUCGACUCAUCGAUUCUGGAUAAGCUCAACUCAUCGUCGUCCAAUCGAAAAUCUCCGCCGGUCAAAUGCCACAUCCCCAUUCCCAAAAUCCUAACCUUGGAAGAAUCCAGGGCGUUUCUUCUCGCACUCUUGAACAAGCUUUUGCUCUCCGGCUCUGCCAGUCCCGUUCUUCCAGUUCUCAUUUCUGAGAUUCUGAAUACUGGAUCGAAAGCCCUUGAUUUGGGUGAAGUUGAGGUGAGUGCAGAAGAGGUUGGGGUGUUGGAGAAAACGUGCGCUAGUUUGCAUGGAAUUUGUGGGAUUUUGGACUAUGAAUCGUCAGCUUUGUCGACGAUUGCCGAUGUUGUGGCAGCGAUAUCGUGUGAGGCAUCGAGGGCUGAUGUGGGGGCGUUGAAUUUGAUGGAUUCCGGUGAUGGAUUCAGUGUAAAGGAUGAGGUUGGUGUUGCUAGUGAUUUGAAGGUUUUGCUUAAUGGGUCUAAGUUGGUGGGUAAAGUUGAGGUUGAUGCAGUAUCUGAAAUUCCGAAAAUUCAUGGGAGUUUGAGAGAAGUGGUGAGAAUGGUGCAUUUGAGGACCCGGGUUGAGUUGAAUUCUGGUGGUAAAGUAGAUAAAGCUGGUGGGGCUGGGAAGGCAGUGGCUACGGUGGUAUCACCCUUAGCAGCAUCACUAAGGUAUUUGGGUGAGAGCAGUUUGUCUCGGGCCAACAUGAAUUUGAAUUCUAUAGGCAGUGAUAAUUUGAGGUCGAGUUUGGUGGGACUGUUUGAGGGGAAAUGUCCAAGUAUUGAUGGUUUGAAAAAUGCAUAUAGGUUGAUUUCGGAAGCUGUGUUUGAAGAGGAUUAUGUUAAGUUUCUUCAUGAGGUAAAUGGGUUGUUGGGGAUGGUAUGGGAGAUUGUGAUUUGGGAGGCAAUAACGGCAUUUGUUUCUCUUGAAGGUAGUGAAUCAAUUGGAAAAAUAGGCGUUGAGGUGAAUGGAGGGGACCAGAAGGUUUAUGUGGGGAAGAAGAGUGAGAAGAAAAAGAAGGUUUUGGGGAAAGGGACUAGUGUUAUAGUGCAGCUUGUUAAGGAGAGAUUGCAAAGUGGGGGAGGGGAUGCAGUUGAUGCUUCAAGCUUAUUGGGGAAAUGGGUAGAGGGUGUUCACUCAUUUUUGGACCUGAAGGACCCAGAAUUUGAUAGUUUAUUGAUGAAAGUGAAAGAGAUUUUGGAAAGCAAUGAAAGUAGAAGACUCCCCAAGCUUCCAAAGGGUACUCGUGAUUUUGCAAAAGAACAAAUGGCUGUAAGGGAGAAAGCAUUUUCAAUUAUAGGGGAUGUUUUCAAGAGGCAUGGUGCCAUGGCUCUGGAUACUCCUGUUUUUGAAUUGAGGGAGACUCUCAUGGGGAAAUAUGGGGAAGAUUCAAAGUUGAUUUAUGAUCUUGCAGACCAGGGUGGAGAGCUGUGUUCUCUUCGGUAUGACUUAACCGUUCCAUUUGCUAGAUAUGUGGCUAUGAAUGGUUUGACGUCAUUUAAAAGAUAUCAGAUUGCUAAAGUGUACAGAAGAGAUAACCCAUCUAAGGGCAGAUACCGUGAAUUCUAUCAGUGUGACUUUGAUAUUGCUGGUCAAUAUGAAUCUAUGGGGCCAGAUUUCGAGGUCGUAAAAAUUUUGACUGAACUGCUGGAUGAACUAAAUAUCGGAGAUUAUGAGGUAAAAUUGAACCAUAGAAAGUUGCUGGAUGGAAUGUUGGACAUAUGUGGAGUGCCACCUGAAAAAUUCAGAACAAUUUGUUCAAGCAUUGACAAGUUAGACAAGCAAACAUUUGAGCAGAUAAAAAGGGAAAUGGUGGAGGAGAAGGGCUUAACUAUUGAAACAGCAGAAAAAAUUGGAACAUUUGUGAAGGAAAGAGGACCUCCUUUGGAAUUAUUAUCCAAGCUUAAACAGGAAGGCAGCGAGUUUUUAGGGAACAAUGCAUCUGUUGCUGCAUUGACUGACUUGGAGAUUUUAUUCACAGCUCUGGAAAAGUCAAAGUGCAUCAACAAAGUUGUUUUUGACUUGAGUCUUGCCAGAGGUCUUGAUUAUUAUACUGGAGUGAUAUUCGAAGCUGUUUUUAAAGGGGCUACCCAGGUUGGAUCUAUUGCUGCUGGUGGACGUUAUGACAACCUCAUAGGAAUGUUUGGUACAAAGCAGGUUCCAGCAGUUGGCACCAGUCUUGGUAUUGAGCGGGUAUUUAAUAUAAUGGAGCAGCUUCAGAAAGACCAGAACCAGGCAAUCCGAGCCACUGAAACCCAGGUCCUAGUGAGUAUUUUUGGCAAUGACCUAUCUCAAGCUGCUGAGCUCGUGAGUGAGUUGUGGAAUGCCAAACUAAAAGCAGAAUACAUGGUCAAUAAAAGACCAACGAAGCACUUUGAUCGUGCUGAAGAGUCAAGAAUUCCCUGGAUGAUACUUGUGGGUGCGGAACAGAACGAAGGAAUUGUUAGAUUAAGAGACACCACAACCAGAGAAGAAAUUCUAGUCCCUAGAAGUAGAAUUGUUGAGGAGCUUCAAAGACGGUUGACCCCCUCAUCAUGAAAAACAUACAGUUGCCCAACCUCCAUUCUGAUACAAAGGUAACACUCUAUUUAUGUCAACAAUUUGAUACAGCAUAUACUUCCAUUGGAGCCUGCGUUUUUCUCUUGUAUGAUUUUAUAUCUGUUGAAUGUCACAAUCCAAGCUCGCUACCAACCAGAUCCUUGUGCCUGGUCAUGGCUAUUAUAAUUCACAAUUCAUAAGCAGUACUCCCAUUAAUUUACUAUAGUAAUCAUGGUUGUUAGUCAAGCAAAAAUGUUGCAUUUUUCCUCCUGUAGAAGCACCAAAAACAUGGAGUUAUUACAAUAUUAUUCUGAGUUCCCCCCCUCUAAAAGUAUAAAGCAUGUUAUGUAUAUCA